AAAACGUUGAAAAUAAUAUUCCAUUGACAAAAUUUUAGACAGGAAGUUUUCCAUAAUCAUCUGAUAAUAAUAAAUUUGAGAAUAUGAUUCCGAGUAGGGAUAAGUUCUAUUAUUAUUUUAUUUACCAAUUUGGGGAAAAUUCAAAAAGAGCUACUUAAUUAUUUGAAUAAUUAAUAAAUGGUUAGUUGAAAAUAAAAAAAUAAUUAUUAUUGAAAAUUUAUGCCUAUAAUGUGGAGAUUGUUAGAAUAUGCUAAUGUAAAUGAAGGAUUGGUAUUGUAAUAUAAAGCAAAUGAAAAUGUUAUAAUGAUAGAAAUGGAUUGGAGUCAACAUUAGGUUAAUAUAGUGAGUACAAUAAUUUGAUUUUAUAAAGAUAAAAAUUGAG